AGAGGGUGUGGGUGGGGGGGAGAGAGAGGGCGAGGAUGCCGAUCGCCCGGCCGGAGCCGAAAGAUGCCCGUGUGAUCGCCCACGUCGACAUGGAUUGCUUCUACGUCCAAGUUGAGCAACGAAAGAAUCCUGAAUUAAGGGGUUUGCCGGCUGCUGUAGUACAAUAUAAUUCUUGGAAAGGUGGGGGCUUGAUUGCUGUUAGUUAUGAAGCUCGAAAAUUUGGCGUUAAGCGUUCUAUGCGAGGGGAUGAGGCCAAGAAGGUCUGUCCGAACAUCCAAUUAAUUCAAGUUCCGGUUGCCCGUGGUAAAGCUGACUUGAAUCUAUAUCGCAGUGCUGGCUCUGAGGUAGUCUCGAUACUUGCUACAAAAGGACGGUGUGAGCGGGCAUCAAUAGAUGAAGUAUACCUUGACCUUACUGAUGCAGCUAAAUCAAUGCUGUUAGAAGCUCCUCCAGAGGUGUUGGAAGCAAUCGAUGAAGAGGCUCUGAAGUCACAUAUUCUGGGUGUUACUAAUGAUAUAACUGACAGGGAAGGGAAUGUGCGAGAGUGGCUCUGUCGGAGUGAUGCUGACCAUGAAGAUAAGUUAUUAGCUUGUGGAGCCAUUAUUAUUGCACAACUUCGGACAAAAGUUUUAGAGGAAACCAAAUUCACAUGUUCAGCUGGCAUUGCUCACAAUAAGAUGUUAGCGAAACAAGCAAGUGCAAUGCAUAAACCUGCACAACAAACAGUGGUACCAUCGUCAUCAGUAAAAGAUUUACUAGCUUCCUUGCCUGUGAAGAAAAUGAAACAACUUGGGGGAAAGCUCGGAAGCUCCCUACAAAUUGAUCUUGGAGUGAAAACUGUUGGUGAUUUACUACACUUCACUGAAGUGAAGUUGCAAGAGUGCUAUGGCAUUAAUACAGGCACGUGGUUAUGGAAUAUUGCAAGAGGUAUCAAUGGGGAAGAAGUUGAGGACCGUCUUCUACCUAAGAGUCAUGGUUGUGGAAAGACAUUUCCUGGCCCACAAGCAUUGAAGACUACUGCUUCUGUUGAGAACUGGCUUAAUCAACUGUGUGAAGAAUUGAGUGAACGCAUUCAAUCUGACCUGGAUCAGAACAAGCGGCUUGUGCACAGACUGACCCUGCAUGCAAAAGCAUUUAAGGCAAAUGAUUUGGACUCUCACAAGAAAUUUCCUUCAAAGUCGUGCCCAUUGCGCUAUGGGACUGCAAAACUUCAAGAAGAUGCAAUGAAACUCUUUGUUUCUGGUCUUCGUGAAUUUUUGGGUUCGCAAAACAUUGGAUGGGGAAUAACAUCUCUUUCUGUUACAGCUAGCAAACUUUCAGAUAUACCACAUGGAACAUCAAUUGUAAGGUUUCUUCAAGACAAGAAUCCUUCCACUUCAUUGGCUGGUUCGAAAGUGUUCAUGGAAGAAAUUGUUCCCUUGCAUCCUGCAGAUCAAAAUGGGAAACGGAAUGAAGUUGCCUCUGAAGAGAUUGGUGUUAAUAAUGACACAUUGGUUCAAGAUAAGGCUCUUUGCAGAAGACGAAGCUGGACCAACACGUCGAAAGAUAAGGCAAAAUGCACGAUUUUAAAUUUUUUUCAGGGAAGCAAUUCCUAUUCUUGUAUGACAAAAGAGACAUUGGAUGGUUCCAUUCAAGAUCAUUCACCCUUUUCAUCUUCUGUUCUCACAGGAAAUCAGCAGUAUUCUGGAGUAAACAAAAUUGAGCAACAAGGAGCACCUGCAGAGGCCAAAAAUGACACCAGCACUCAUCCCAAUCAAACUGGGCAAAGAAUUGAUACAUGGACUUUCAAUGUUGAAGAUAUUGAUCCAUCUGUAAUCGAUGAGCUGCCUUUGGAAAUCCAAAGAGAAGUCCGAGGCUGGCUUCAGCCACCUAAGCGUGCAAACACUAGUAAAAGAGGCUCCAGUAUUAUAGGCAGCAGUUCCUCCCCUUGGACCACAAAACAGGCAUUGAAUCAUUUCUUUAAAGAUUAUGCACCUUUGUCUUCUUUUGGAAAUCAGCGCUAUUCAGGAGCGAACAAAAUUGAGCAACAAGGAGGACCUGCAGAGGCCAACAAUGACACUGGCAGUCAUCCUGAUCUAGCUGGACAAAAGUUUGAUACACGAACUUUCGAUAUUGAAGAUAUUGAUCCAUUUAUAAUUGAUCCUUUGGAAAUCCAAAGAGAUGUCCAAGGCUGGGUUCUGCCACCUAAGUGUGCAGCCAGUAUUGAAAGCAGCAACUCCUCUUCUUGUACAACAAAAGAGGCAUUGAAUGAUUUUUUUCAAGAUCAUGCACCCCUAUCAUCUUCUGGAAGUCAGAACUAUUCAGGAAUAAACAAAAUUGAGCAAGGGGGGCCUGCAGAGGCCAACAAUGACACUGGGACUCAUCCCAAUCAAAGUAGACAAAAAUUUGAUACGUGGACUUUCAAUGUUGAAGAUAUUGAUCCUUCUAUAAUUGAUGAGUUGCCUUUGGAAAUCCAAAGAGAAGUCCAAGGCUGGCUUCAGCCACAUAAGCGUGCAAACACUAGUAAAAGAGGUUCCAGUAUUGUUCAUUACUUCUCAUCAGCAAAAAAAUCAUAGGAUUGUGGAUGGUUUUAGAUUAGUCAGUACUAUAGAGCAUUGCAUAUCGAAGUACAAGGCGAUGGAUGGGAACUGGGCCAUCAUCUGGCGUAUAAGUUCCAUGUAGCAAUCUGACUCUUGGAUGUCUUCAAGAAUGAUGUCUGAAGUCCUACAGGCUAGAUUAGCUGUGAAGUCACAUAAUGCUGUCUGUUAACCUCUUAAUAGAAUCAUAUUUCAUUCUUGUGACAUUACCCGGAGCUUGGUCGUUGAAAUCUUCCAGAGGCUAUUUCGUAGGUACAGUGCUUCCAUUUGUUCCUUAUUUCUAGUAGUUGUUGCUGGGUGAAGAUUAUUGGCGGAGCUGUUGGGCAAGGAGAUGCACCUUUACGCUUUGACAUCAUGCUGAGUGGCUGCCGGUCAUGUCAUGUAUCUCAUAAGCCACGUGAUUAUUGUAUUAUAUUAAAACUUCGAUAUUAUCUAUCCAUGUACAAGUUUUCUUUUUCUUAUUUUCUCUUUGAAUAUCUCUUUAGUUUUUUCUGUUGUAAUUCUAUCGAAACACAUAUGUAUUUGUUGUGAAUGUUGUACAUGGCAUGCAUCAGUUUUAUCCUCA